AUGGUCAGGCGCAGGGGGCAGGGGCCGACCGGCAACGGGGCGGCUCCGGCGGACGGCGGCACCAGUGCCGGCGGGACGAGCGGGGCGGGCGCUGCAGGCAAGCAGCGGUGGCAUCACGACCUGGAGCGAGCGGUGCGUAGCAAGGCGGAUGGGAGCAGGCAGGAGGGCGCAUGCAGGGAGCAGCUACGCGGCGGGGAGCGGCCUAGGCGCGGUCCCGGCGGAGCGGCACGGCGGCAUGGGCGAGGAGGGGCGUGGAGCGCGGCGCACAUCGGUUGUGUGAAUAGAGGCGAGGCGAAGCAGCAGCAACACAACAGCGGCCGCACGCAGCAGCAGCCGAGCAGCAACACCAGCGCAGCAGCAGUAAAGGCGGGCGCAGCCAGCGGGCGCGCGAGUGCUCGAGCGGGCGGCUCGAGGCGCGGCCAAGGGAGAGGCAAGGCGUGCGCGGGGACCAACGGGCGCGGGGCUACAGGCAGUCAGGGGGAUGCGGUCGUGAGCGCGCGAACCCGAAGCUCCGGCCAUGGUGCGGUGAGCUGCUAG